CAACCACAUGACAUCUCCCCGUGUGUUUGUUGUCUUCCGGCUACUCGGCGAUCUUCCGGGCUUCACGGAGGAUGGCGCGGCUGCGGUUGCCGUUAGUUUUACUUCGCCUUCAUCUUCUGCUUUCCACUGCUGCUGCCUCCCGGCCGCACAUCGUGUUCAUCUUGGCCGAUGAUUUUGGUUGGAACGACAUCGGGUAUCACGGCUCUGAGAUUCGAACCCCUGUCUUGGAUAAGCUGUCCAACCAGGGGGUCCGACUGGAGAAUUACUACGUGCAGCCCCUGUGCACGCCGUCGCGUAGUCAGCUCCUGACCGGCCGGUACCAGAUUCACACAGGUUUCCAGCACGAAAUCAUCUGGCCUUGUCAACCACACUGCCUCCCGUUAGAUGAAAAGCUUCUCCCUCAGCUGCUCAAGGAGGCGGGCUAUAGCACUCACAUGGUGGGGAAAUGGCACUUAGGCAUGUACAAGAAAGAGUGCCUCCCGACGAGGAGAGGAUUUGAUUCCUACUUCGGUUACCUGUUGGGCAGUGAGAAUUAUUAUACUCACGAGCGCUGUUACUUCAUUGCCCCAUUAAACCUCAGUCGCUGCGCACUGGACUUGCGAGACGGGGAGGAUGUUGCGACCGGGUUUACGGGUGUGUAUUCAAGUCACUUGUUUACACAGAGAACCAUUGACAUUCUGUCAAAGCACAACCCUGCUCAGCCUCUGUUCCUGUACUUAGCUCUCCAGUCAGUUCACGAGCCUCUUCAGGUGCCAGAGGACUACAUGAAGCCGUACAGUUUUAUCCACGAUGAGCAACGACGCCACUAUGCAGGAAUGGUGUCGGCGAUGGAUGAAGCUGUGGGAAACGUCACUGACGCUUUGCACCGUUACGGAUUCUGGAACAACACUGUCUUGAUCUUCUCCACAGACAAUGGAGGACAGACCCUAGCAGGUGGAAACAACUGGCCCUUGCGAGGAAGGAAGUGGACGCUGUGGGAAGGUGGAGUCCGUGGUGUGGGCUUCGUCACCAGCCCCUUGCUAAAGAAGAAGGGCAGAGUUAGUCGGGAAUUCAUUCAUAUCUCUGACUGGCUUCCUACUUUAGUGUCUUUGGCUGGAGGAACCACUAAAGGCACCAAACCACUGGAUGGCUUUGAUGUGUGGAAGAGUAUCAGUGAAGGACACACCUCACCCAGAAAUGAACUCCUUCAUAACAUCGACCAGCUCUUUGUUGAUAAUUCUCCAUGUCCUGUUUCACCCAAUAAAAUUGCAACACCCAGGGUACAACAGACAAAAUGGCAGAAUUCUGUCUUUAAUGUGUCAAUUCAUUCAGCAAUCCGUUCUGGGGACUGGAAAUUAUUAACUGGAUAUCCUGGCUGCAGUUACUGGUUCCCUCCUCCAUUAUUCAAGCAAUUGCAAUCAGCACCAUCCGAUUUGCCAAAGAAAAAUCUUUGGCUUUUUAAUAUUACGGCUGAUCCGGAGGAGAGGGUUGACCUUUCUGACCACUUCCCUGAAGUUGUUGAGAAGCUGCUGUCAAGACUUCAAUACUACCAGGACGGUGCUGUGCCAAUUUUUUACCCCGAUGAUGACCCAAAGUGUGAUCCUGGCAAAGGUGGGGCCUGGGGACCCUGGGCCUGAGAGCCAAACUUGUUUACAGCUCAUGUUUAUUCAAACAUUGUCAUAAGCCACACAAUGGCAUUUGUGCUGAAGUGCUACUUUUGAUUUCCAAAUCUGAGAGUGUCCUUUGAUACUUUCUGAAACUGUGCUUGUCCAAAGCAGGCCUUGAAACUCCAGAUCUGUGCACAGUCUCUUUGUGUAUAUAUUGUUUAGAGUUAUCAAGUAUUGCAAUGGUAUUAUAGCUGUUUUUAUAAUCAGAACUGUGACUAAUGUUGACGAUAUAAAGACAAAGUGCUGGAAAAACUAAAAUGCUCAGAAUGUGUCUGUGGAGAGAGCAGUAGAGUUAACAUUUCAGAUCAAUGACCCUUCAUCAGUUCUAACCAGAGACAUUAAGAACAUAAGACAUAGGAACAGAACUGGGCCAUUCGGCCCAUUGUCUCUGCUCUGCCAUUCUAUCAUGCUCUCAGUACCAUUGUCCUGCCUUCACCCUGUAACCUUUGACACCCUUACUAAUCAAGAACCUAUCAACCUCUGCUUUAAAUAUACCAAGUGGCUUGGCCUUCACAGCCAGAUGUGGUCAUGAAUUCUAUAGAUGCUCCACCCUCUGACUAAAGAAAUUCCUCCUCAUCCCUUAUGCUAAAGGGAUGCCCUCUGGCCCUAGACUCCCCCACUACAGGAAACAUCGCUUUUUUCUCUCCACAGAAACUGCUUGACCCACUCAGUAUUUGCAGUGCUUUUUAUUUUACAUUUCCAGCAUCUGGAUUUGCUUGUGAUUUUGGGAAUCUGCAAGGACUGUUCUGCUAGAGAUACUCAGCAGGAUAGGUAGCUUCUGUGGAGACAAACUGACUUCAUGUUUUUGGUUGACUUCCUAUCAGGAAGGUCAAUUAAAUUUGAAAUGUCAAUGGUUUUUACCUACCUUGAUGCUGCCCGAUAUGAGUGCAUAUAGCAUUAUUUUAUUUUCAAUGUCGGUUGUGUAAUUUCUCCCGCUAGAGUCUGGUUCUGUUUGCUGUGGAAAUGUGCCCUUCACCUCCAGUGGAAAACUGCCUUUGUGUUCUUUUUCAGCACACGGGGCAGAUUGAAUUCUCUGGGAGAAGGGAUGCAGCUGAGCACUCAGCUGUGAGAUUGGUUACUGCAGUUGGAUUUGAACAGCUGAGUCUCAUUGUGGAAAGAACUGCAGCCAGCUCGUGGAUCCAGAGAACAAUGGGGCUAACUAUUGCAAUCGCCUGUCUGUCUCAUCAGUUCAACAGUCCUACAGUUUUUUCACACAACUGUGAAACUUGUGCAAGCUCCCAACAAAGAAGGUGUGUGUGUGUGUGUGUGUGUGUGUGUGUGUGUGUGUGUGUGUGUGUGGUACUUUUUAAAAGCUCUGGUUACUUCUGUGAAUGUUUUUUCCACACCAUGUCACCCUUGAGGCUCUCCUUCAUUUGCCCUCUAUCUGGGCAGUGGCAGUUGAGCUGGUACUCACAACUGAAUGAAAUGUCAGUUUUGCACUCUGUCAGUUGACUUGCACAAUAGCCAU